GAUAACUCAAUUUAGAGAGUCACGUGAUCCAUGUUCUCUAAAACAAGGAUGUGAGACAGAAACAAUCGUUUAGACAGCUGCAAGUCGGACAAACAUCACAUGAGUGUUUCUGCGAGCCCGUGCUGACAUGAACUCUUUGGUGUUCUUCUGUUGGAUUGUGGGAUCGCUCAGUGGACAGCAGCUCUGGCCUGUGCCUUACGAGCGACUUGACAGGCGUCCAGAUGUGGAUCCCUACUGCCAGGCUUUGUACCCGUUCUGCCCGAGCGGGGAUCCAGAAGGCCGGAUCCCUGUGAUGACCGACUCGGACAUCAUCUCGGUGUUCAGACUGCAGACUCCGGUGUGGGAGUUCAAAUACGGAGACAUGCUGGGAAAGUUUCAUAUCAUGCAUGAUGCCGUCGGCUUUGGAAGCGCAAGAACGGGACGAAACUUCACCAUGGAGUGGUACGAGCUGUUUCAGCUGGGGAACUGCACCUUUCCGCACGAGAGAGCGAGCGUGAGCGCGCCCUUCUGGUGUAAUCAGGGAGCCGCCUGUUUCUACGAGGGCAUCGAUGACAUCCACUGGAAACAGAACGGCACUCUGGAGAAGAUCGGAGAGAUUUCGGGCGAGAUGUUUAAUGAGAUGGCUCGCUGGGUUCAGGAGGACAAUGAAACGGGUGUUUAUUACGAGACUUGGACGGUAAAGUCAGAUGCUGGUGCAAACGCCACCACGUGGUUUGAGUCCUACGACUGUUCUCAGUUUGUGCACCGCACAUAUAAGACGUUGCUGGAUUUGGGUGCCGAGCUGUCCAGCCAGACUCCUACUUAUUACACCAAGAUCUAUCUGUUCAGCGGAGUGCCGGUCCAUUUGGGAAACGACUCCAUCUUUCAGCAGUCCUCCACCAAAGAUCUGGCCACAGACAUCAAGAAGUUCUUCCACUCGUUCCGCUCGCACCAGUCUUUCGUGGAAAUGAUUGAGAGCUUGUUGGAGGCUUUUGAAAAGAUGGUCCUAGAGAAGACCUUCUAUUUCUACUACAACUCUGAAUAUUGGAUGCUGCCGAUGAAAUAUCCUUACAUUAAAAUAACCUUUGAGGAGAUUCCUCUACCAUAACCACCAUAUUGUUUUUGCCUAAACGAUAUUGGAAAACCCCUAUCUUUGCUUGUAAAUAAAAUUACAUUUGAAAUGUU